UUGGAUCUCAAAUCAAUUUCGUACACAGAAAGAAGAAGAAGAAACUGUAAGAAACAAUGUCGUAUUUUGGAAGAGGUGGAAGAACAAAUGAUGAUGAAGCAGUAGAUGAUUUCGAUGAAUUCGAUCCAACACCAUAUGGAGGUGGUUAUGAUCUUGCAAUGACAUAUGGUCGUCCAUUGGAACCAUGUGAAGAAACAUGUUACCAGAUUUCAUCAACAUCAACUUCAUAUGGAGGAGGGGAUGAUUAUUCAAGAUCUAAUUAUUCUCAUGAUUCUGAAGCUAAUGCUUAUGGUGAAGAAGUUUGUCAAAAUGAGUACAGCAGUUACAGUAGACCUGCAUCAAGACCUCAUCCUACUUAUGGUGGUGGUGGUGGUGGUGGUGCUCCUCAAGUUGUUGAGGAGAAAUUUGGUUAUGGUGAUGAUGAAAAACCAAAACCAUAUGGUCAAUCAGGUUACGAUGGUGGUAGUGGUGGCGGUGGAUCUGCGUAUGGAAGGACUAAUUAUGGAGAAGAUGAAAGUGGUGGUGGUGGUGGUGGAUAUGGGUAUCAGAAGAAACCUAGUUAUGGAAGACAAGAGGAAGAAUCUGGAUAUCAGAAGCCUAGCUAUGGAAGGCAAGAAGAAGAAUCUGAGUAUCAGAAACCUAGCUAUGGAAGACAAGAGGAAGAAUCUGAGUACCAGAAGCCCUCUUAUGGAAGGCCUAGUUAUGGAAGACAAGAGGAGUCUGAGUACCAGAAACCUAGCUAUGGCAGGCAAGAGGAGUCUGAGUACCAGAAACCUAGCUAUGGCAGUCAAGAGGAGUCUGAGUACCAGAAACCUAGCUAUGGGAGACAAGAAGAGGAGGUAUCUGAAUAUCAGAGACCUAGCUAUGGAAGACAAGAAGUGGAAUCCGAGUACAGGAAGCCUAGCUAUGGAAGGCAAGAAGAGGAAUCCGAGUACAGGAAGCCUAGUUAUGGAAGACAAGAUGAGGAGGAAGUGUCUGAGUAUAGUAAGCCUAGCUAUGGAAGGACUAGCUAUGGUGGUGGUGAUGAGGAGGAACAACCAAGGAGGUACAAGCAGGAAACUAGCUAUGGUGGUGGUGAUGAUGAGGAACAACCAAGGAGGUACAAGCAGGAAACUAGCUAUGGUGGAGGAGAUGAAGAAGGAUAUGGCCGCAAGAAAUAUGGAGGAAACAAAUCUGAUGAGAACGACGAUGAUGAUGAUGAGGAAAAGGAGGAGCGUCGCCGUGGGCACCACCACCGCAAGCACUAUGACGACUAAGUGGACUUAAACAAAGAACCACCACCGCGAGCACUAUGACGACUAAGUGGACUUAAACAAAGAACCACCCGACCAUUUACAUAUAAAUGAGCUAGGGAUCUAUACCCUGGAUACUAAAUAAAUUGCGUUGGUAAUUGGUUCUUUGAUAUUCUGCUUCUAAAAGAUUCGAAAUUGAUGUUUGUGUUUUCUGAAAACUGUUUUACUUUUCAAUAAUGUCCUGAACUUAUUGGGCUCUUGUGUAUUUUUUAUGAGUGUUGUUCACCUUUUCUUAAAUGAAUGAGAAUGAAGAUGGCACUAUGUUGCUGUUUCUUUUGAUAAGC